AUGUCAGCAGAACCCGUAGACCUUUCCACCAUGGCCCGCUCCAAGUUACAUUCAGCUAUGGGAGGCAGCCUCCACCGCUGGGUACUUCUCAAAAAUUCCAUAUUUCGGCCACCUCGUGCCCCCUAUGAGCCCAGUGUGGCGACCAGUUCUUCCUAUUCGAAACAUAUUUAUAUUUCAAGCGAUGAUAGGGACAACGAAGACGAUGAUGAAGAAGAGGAGUUGGAUUCGUUCAUGUUCCCCGAUGCUUCCAAGCUUGUAGGGGUCGGAGCUAGUACAUCCGAAGCUGAGUGGCUCGACUCACUUUUAGAAUCCCUAGUCGAAGGUGGAGAGGACGCAUCGGAUACCGACGUUCGGAUAUCUGUCCUAGCAGUCGAAGAUGAUGAAGAUCCCCCACUUAGCCCCUUAACGUCACCAAUGUCUUCGUCGGACGACCUACUCAGCCAUCAAGCAUAUGUUGUGCCAUAUCCUGUGCCAUAUCCGCCAUUCCAUCCACCACUUGUUCAUCCAUAUGACCUUGGUCCCAUCAUUGAGUCUCCUGUUUCACCAUUUCCAGCGUAUGACGCUUUGCCGUACUAUGAUGCCGAUGAGUUAGACGAUCUAUCGGUCCCAGAAGCUAUAGAGGACACUUCCGACGACGAGUCCGACGCCCUUUCUACGCCUUCCCUAGGGCGCUCGUCAGAACUUGACUUCGUGGAUCCGACGUCACUCCCACUUCCAGGGCAACGGCGGAGGCGACGGUCACAGCCUCACGUGUACAUCCGGCACCCGGACUCUUAUUUUGAUCGUUAUGCGCUCGACCCCCUUCCAUUUCCCGAUGAAGAUCAUUCCACUUCGUAUAAUCCUGUCUAUCAUGAGUGUUAG